CCCGAGGCUGCCCCCACCGCCUCCCAGAUGUACUAUGCGGUUUCCCAGGCGCGCGUGAACGCGGCCCCGGUAACCAUGCUGCGGCCACAGCGGCCGGGAGAAGUACAGCUCGGGGCCUCCCUGUACGAGCUGGUGGGCUACCGGCAGCCGCCUUCCUCUUCCUCCUCUUCCUCCUCCACUUCCUCCUCUUGCACCACGGCACCCCUCCUCCUCCCCAAAGCUGCGCGCGAGAAGCCCGAGGCUCCCGCCGAACCGCCCGGCACCCGCGCUGGGUCCGGCGCGCACGCGAGCGCCGGAGCAGACGCCAAAGAGGAGCAACAGCAGCAACUGCGGCGCAAGAUCAACAGCCGCGAACGGAAGCGCAUGCAGGACCUGAACCUGGCCAUGGACGCGCUGCGCGAGGUCAUCCUGCCCUACUCGGCCGCACACUGCCAGGGCGCACCCGGUCGCAAGCUCUCCAAGAUCGCCACGCUGCUUCUCGCCCGCAACUACAUCCUGCUGCUGGGCAGCUCACUGCAGGAGCUGCGCCGCGCGCUCGGCGAGGGCGCAGGGCCCGCGGCGCCGCGCCUGCUGCUUGCUGGCCUGCCCUUGCUAGCCGCUGCUCCGGGCUCAGUGCUCCUGGCCCCCGGGGCUAUGGGGCCCCCCGACGCGCUGCGCCCGGCAAAGUACCUGUCGCUGGCGCUCGAUGAGCCACCCUGUGGCCAGUUCGCGCUCCCGGGUGGUGCGGCGGCGGGCCCCGGCCUCUGCACUUGCGCCGUGUGCAAGUUCCCGCACCUAGUCCCCGCAGGCCUGGGCCUGGCCGCGGUGCAGGCUCAGUUCUCCAAGUGA